ACAGCCGAAUAUUAAUCUCACUAUACUUCAACUCGGGUUUUUAAGUGUUUGCCGAGUCCAUGCAUUUCACUAAUUGGGUCUAACGUCGUAAAUUUGUUUUGCAAAAAAGGUUGAUUGAUGAUUACCAUUCCAUCCUAAAUUCACACCAAUCACCUCUUAAUCAUGCGCGAGCAGUCCUUUUGUUGUUAUGCCGAUUGCAGGCAUCCGCCCCCAUUAUUGAACUGGAAUUGGUUCGUGUCCAUAAGAGCCCUCCGUGCUGAUGGGCUCAGUGUUCUCCUGCGACAUCCGUUUAACAAGAAGCCCUUGUUAAGCCCUCGAAAUCUGACCCUGACUGUUUCCACCUCGGGAGCAACUUUUUUAAUCACAUCUCUGCCACCAGUGGACGCGAGGAUUUGAGGAGAUGGCACUCGGACUUGUCGGGACAAGUCAUUUGCCACCGCCCGUAAACAUCACAUGUUUGUGAAAUGUCAUCCUCCCUUUUAUCUCAUGCAGGCCUGUGUGCGUAACACCCGAUAGCCUCCCUGAGAGGACUUCUCCGGCCUUGGAGGGGACUGCUGCCCGCCAGCUGCCCCGCGGAGGUGGAUUUAGCCAAAGCUCGCUUUUUUUUUUCUUCUUCUGUUGUUGUGGAUAUUUCCGUGCUUAGUGUUUUUUUUCCGGCAGUGAAUGGUUGGCACUGCAAGCUCAGUGAUCCCCUUGAAACAUAUGGGAGUUUCACGAGGACAGGGGUCUGGGAUCAGCAAGGAGUGAAACGCAAUCUACCGUUUUCUCAGCGAGCCGGUUACAGGACCAGAAUAUUACAGUUUCAUGGUUACAAGGUGACAAUGGCAUCUGUCAAGUCCAUCCUCGGCGAGGCCGGACAUUGAAACGGUGCAUGACCACUGGGCCGGACCGUGACUAUUGAAUUAGCAUGAUUGGCACGGUACCGAGUCGCCUGAAUCCCCACCUCGAAGCCAAAGGUUAGGCACCUGGCGUGCCCCAAAUGCUCUUAUAGCGCGCGGCAUUGGCUCUUCUCCUCCCUCCGCGGCGCGAUUCUUCUGCAUGUCUCCCACCAUGGUGGAACACAGCGGCCUGGAUAUCAUGUGUCUGAACAAGUACUGCCACAGUUCUUCCUCGUCGUCCAGUUCCGAGCAAGACAAGAAGGUUUUCACCAAACUCAAACUCAGUCUGUCGGGGGAUUAUCCGAGGAAGAACGCCGAGAUCCUCAGCGGUCAGUACGGCACCAACGUGCUGCUGAUCGGGGCAGCGUUGAUGCUGGCCAUCGCGCACCACGGCCCCUCCGUCAAGGAAGAGCACCUGCUGUCCUUCGUCACCUGCCUCAUGCUCCUGCAGCUGAUCUGGAUGAUGUGGUACAUCCUGGUGCGGGACAGACAGAAGAACGCGCGGACCGACAAAGACGUCCACGCCACCACAUGCUGGAUAAGAGGUGGUUUGACGCUGCUUGCGCUCCUGUCACUGAUAAUGGACGCGUUCCGAAUCGGGUAUUACGUUGGGUAUCAGUCUUGUGUGUCGGCGGUGCUCGGGGUAUUUCCUGUCAUUCAUGCAACUCACACCAUAGCACAGGUGCACUUUCUCUGGUUUCACAUCAAGGAUGUCAUCAAGAGCUUUGAAACAUUCGAGAGAUUUGGUGUCAUCCAUGCCGUCUUUACCAACCUCCUCCUCUGGUGCAACGGCGUGAUGUCGGAAGCGGAGCACUUCUUAAACAACCAUAAGAGAAGACUCUCGGCCCUGGGCUACGGAAACCUCACCAUAGUGCACUCAGAGCCCCACUGUAACUGCACCACCAGCACCUGCUCCAUGUUCUCCAGCAGCCUCUUCUAUCUCUAUCCCUUCAACGUUGAAUACCACAUCUUUGUCUCUGCCAUGCUCUUUGUCAUGUGGAAGAACAUUGGAAGGACCAUUGACCUUUCAUUGAACCAGAAGAGGCUGGCUACUAAAACCCAGGGCCUGACCGUAGGCCCCAUUCUGGGUUUGUUUGCACUGGCCAGCACUAUUGGGAUCCUGGUGGUCUACGUCACCCACGUAGAAGAAUCCCUCCAAACUCGCCAGUCAGCCAUUUCCAUGUUCUACAUUUAUGGCAUCGUCAUGCUGGUGUCCAUGUGCUCUGCCGGCGCUGCAGCCCUUCUCAUAUAUCGAGCGGACCACGUGCCACUGGACACGUCUAAGAACCCGUCCAGGCAGCUGGACAUGGAGCUGCUGUUUGGCUCCUCUAUUGGUUCUUGGCUCAUGUCCUGGUGCAGCGUAGUUGCUGUGUUAGGCACCAACAGCAGUCCUCCUUACCGCUGGACCAACCUCAUCUACUCUCUGCUCAUCGUGCUGGAGAAGUACAUCCAGAACAUCUUUGUCGUAGAGUCCCUGUAUCGCCAGCAAGACGAUGGACAGAGUGAGGAUCCCGAGUUGGCAGUGUCUCCAGAAAUCUUCUCGGUGACUUCCUCUUUGGCCCCGCCGUAUGACGGCAUCAUCAACAGAGCCUACGACAAGCCAGAGCGGACAUGUGUCACCAUGGAGAACGACCAGGAAGAAAGCGGACAGGUGUACAGAUGUCCGAGGAAACCUUCUGAAGUGCCGCUGCCUGUUGGAAGCAAAGUAAAGGAGCCCCCAAAUGUAAAGCGGCAAAUCCUGAAAAACAUUGCGGUCUUCCUGAUAAUGUGCAACAUUUCGCUGUGGAUCCUUCCAGCCUUCGGCUGCCGCCCGCAGUACGACAACGGGUUAGAACAAGAGACAUUUGGUUUCAGUGUGUGGACCACAGUUCUCAAUUUUGCCAUUCCUUUGAACCUUUUCUACCGCAUGCACUCAGUGGCCUCCCUGUUUGAGGUGUUCCGCCGGGUCUAACGGAGAAGCAAUGACAAUGCCAGAUUACACGCACAAGAACAGUGGUCACCACCGACUCCCGAGAGUGUCCCGCAGCCGCUCAGGGGGAAGUCCGGGUCAGACUCCAAGCGACUAAAAAACAAGCUGCAAAGACAAACAAGAGGAUGCGCCCUCAGUGUGGGGAUAACUGAGUGAACCUAUUAGCCUGCAUUCCACGAGGAAUUAUCUUGUGUUAUUAGAGAUUUUUUUUAAAUGAUGAUGAAAAGGGCCGUUGGUGUAGAUUUGUUUUACUUUUGUUUUGUAGUCACAUUUAAGUUGAGUUUUCUCACAGGUUCAGCACGCUAAACGUACAUGCUGAAUAUGUCACGCACAUUUUAUACUGUUUCCGUAGCUGAAAGUAUGUAAAAAACGACUCAUUAAAUACUACAGCUGAGCCACUAAAACAUGUUCUCAAACAUCUAAUAGUACGGUGUUCAAUGGAGCCACAAGUGCACUGGUGCACAACUUGACACAUAUUGUCUUUGCAUGUGAAAUGUUCACACUGUAUAUGGAUCUGGUUCUCAUUUAGCUUAGUGGUAGAAGUCUAGCACUGUUUUGAUUAUACUGGAGUAUCCACAUCAUUAUUAUAUUAUAUAAUAUAGAGAAGUGCACACUUACAUGACAAAUCUACAGUUCAAAAAUGUUCCUUUUCAUGUAAUGACAGCAAUGAGUCGAUGAAUGCGUAAUAUGAAGAGGGUUCAAAUCAGGUUCAUCUAUAUUGUUAAACGUUGAAAUCUUGUAUCAGAAUAGUUGCAGAAUUAUUAUACCAAUACUAAGUAAAUGUUGUGGUGACAACUUUUUAGACUAGACCACAGAUUGUAUGUUUACACCUGACAGAUCAGCAUUAAAAACUCCUUCUGUCUGUGAUAUAAAUUGUUUCUUUUUGACAUAUGGAUAUACUGUAUACGUGUACUAUAUGAUUUUUUUUUAUCAAAUCAAUGUAUAAUUUCAUUCAGUUCUCAACCUGGUGCUAUCUGCUGUAUGUGUUUUCACUACGUGCCAAUUUGUGGGAAAAUCCUUGUUUUUUAGGAGCAAACUACAAUAUUAUCAUCUUUGUAAAUACUGUCAUGCUAAUCAAAGUCACAGAGACACUGCCCGGAUUGUUUAAAAUUCCAAUGAAAUGGUGCUCUUAAGUAAUGAUGUGUACAUUAGUGAUGGAUCUAUAUCCUUUUCUCGGUGAAAUAAAGAAAACGUUUCUUAUUUUUCAUGCAA